CUUCCAUGACUAUGGAGAGGGGAACAGUUUUGAAUAAAGUGCGGAUGUAGAUGUUCUGUGCCACAGAUCUGGCUAGGGCUACUGCUAAAGGAACAGUUAGAUUACCCCACAGAUCAGCACGCUGUGGACAGAACAAUGAAAUGUCAACAGGCAUGGACCACCGGAGCAGGGAAUUGGGUAAGAGCUCCAACGGCCUUCAAGGAACAAGGAGAUGUCAGCAGCCACAGACCGGCCGGCAUCACAGAUUCACUCAUCAUUGGAUAUAGACAAUGUAUUCAGUCACUGUGUGUUUUUCUUACAGAUGGAUCCAGUCAGAGAAAUCCACCAGAGAGAUGUCCCAGUCCUCAGUAUUCCCAGGACUGUCCAGAGGAGAAACCAAAUAUCCCACUGGAUCAUCAGGAAAGUUCUGGUGAAACGACGAGUGGACUUGGAAAACCCAUCUCAGUGUCUGUGAAUGUGGAAGACGGGAUAAGCGACUCCUAUGGACAUCUCCAUUUAUCUUCCCAUCAUGAAGCAGAGGAUAACAAUACCACACAAGAUUAUUCAAUAACUCCUAAUGUACCCUCGGUCCUUCACAGCAGAGAUCUAUCCACUGAUACCAUUGGUCACAAGAAACCGUCAUCUAAGCAAUUACUGAAUGGCAAAACAAGAACUAAACAGAAAUGUGGGAACAUUUUUUCUAGUGAGAAACGUUUUAAAAAGAAAUCUAAUCUUUUUUUGCAUGAGAGAAAUUGCAGAGAUAAUGGGUCAUUUUCAUGCUUGACAUGUGGAAAAUCUUUUAGCAUGAAAUCCAUUCUAGUUAGACAUCAGAGAACUCACACAAGGGAGAAUCCAUAUUCAUGUCCUGAAUGUGGGAAAGGCUUUAACAAUCAAUCAAAUUGUAUUCGGCAUCAGAGAACUCAUACAGGGGAGAAGCCAUUUUCAUGUCUUGAAUGUGGAAAGUGCUUUAGUCAGAAAUCACAUCUUGUUAUACAUCAGAGAACUCACACAGGGGAGAAGUCAUUUUCACGUCUUGAAUGUGGAAAAUCUUUUAGCAUGAAAUCCAUUCUAGUUAGACAUCAAAGAACUCACACAAGGGAGAAUCCAUAUACAUGUCCUGAAUGUGGGAAAGGCUUUAUCAAUCAAUCAUCUUUUAUUCGGCAUCAGAGAACUCACACAGGGGAGAAGCCAUAUUCAUGCCCAGAAUGUGGGAAAUCUUUUAAUCUAAAAACGUGUCUUGUUAGACAUCAGAGAACUCAUACAGGGGAGAAGCCAUUUUUAUGUCUUGAAUGUGGAAAGUGCUUUAGUCGGAAAUCACAUCUUGUUGCCCAUCAGAGAACUCACACUGGAGAGAAGCUGUAUUCGUGUCCUGAAUGUGGGAAAGGCUUUAACAGUCAAUAUAAUUUUUCUAAGCAUCAGAGAACUCAUACAGGAGAGAAGCCAUUUUCAUGUCUUGAAUGCAAAAAAUGCUUUAGUUCGAAAUCAAAUCUUGUUGCCCAUGAGAGAACUCACACAGGAGAGAAGCUGUAUUCAUGUCCUGAAUGUGGGAAAGGCUUUAACAGGCAAUAUAAUUGUUCUAAGCAUCAGAGAUCUCAUACAGGAGAGAAGCCAUUUUCAUGUCUUGAAUGCAGAAAAUGCUUUACAACAAAAUCAAAUCUUGUUGCCCAUCAGAGAACUCACACAGGAGAGAAGCUAUAUUCAUGUCCUCAAUGUGGGAAAUGCUUUAACAGGCAAUAUAAUUUUACUAACCAUCAGAGAACUCACACAGGAGAUAAGCCAUUUGUUUGUCCCGAAUGUGGGAAGUGUUUUCAUGAGAAGUCAUGGCUUAUACGACAUGAAAGAAUUCACACAGGGGUGAAGCCAUUUUCAUGUUCAGAAUGUGGAAAAUGUUUUGGUCAGAAAUCAAAUCUUGUUAGACAUCAGAAAACUCACUCAUGGGAGAAUCCUUUUAUGUGUCUUGAAUGUGGUAAGUAUUUUGGUGGGAAAUCAAUGCUUAUAAAACAUGUAAGAAGUCACACAGGAGAGAAGCCAUGUUCAUCUUUAGAAUGUGUGAAACCCUUUAGCCAAAAAUCACAUGUUGUGGAACAUGAAAGACUCCACUUAGAGGAGAAGCCAUUUUCAUGUUCACAAUGUGGGAAAUGUUUUAGUCAGAAAUCAAAUCUUGUUCAACAUCAGAGAACUCACACAGGGGAGAAGCCAUUUAUGUGUUCUGAAUGUGGUAAGUAUUUUGGUGUGAAAUCAAUGCUUAUAAAACAUGUAAGAAGUCACACAGGAGAGAAGCCAUGUUCAUCUUCAGAAUGUGUAAAACCUUUUAGCCAGAAAUCACAUGUUGAGGAACAUGAAAGACUCCACUUAGAGGAGAAGCCAUUUUAAUGCUCAGAAUGUGGGAAACGUUUUAGUCAGAAAUGAAAUCUUGUAAAACAUCUAAGAUCCCAUUGAGAAGAGAAGCCAUUUUCAUGUCUUGAAUGCGGUAAAUCUUUUGGUAUAAAGCAAAACUUGUUAGACAUCAGAGAACUCAUACAAGGGAGAAGCCAUUUUCAUGUUCAGAAUGUGAGAAAUGUUUUACCUGUCAAGCAAGUGUUGUUUGAUAUCACAGAACCCACAACACAUAUAAGAAGCCAUAUUUAUGUGGAAAAUGGAAAUCUUUUAUUCAGAAAUCAAGUAUUGCUAAACAUGAGAGAAUUCACUUAGAAGAGAAGCCAUUGUAAUGUUCAGAUUGUAAGACAAGUGAGAGAUGUGGAGCUUUAUUUUGAGACCUGCUGCCUAAUCAUGUCUUCUGUAUAACUUAAAACGGUUGUCCAGUUUCCCAUAUUAAUGACCUAUCCUCAGGAAAGUGAGUCGACCACCAUGCUACUGACAUUGAGAACGUGUACUGACAUUGGGAACAGAUUUCAGUCGAGACAUGCUUGAAUUUGAUCGAUAGUGUGCCCAGUACUGACAGACUGCAGAAGGAGAGACAUUGCUACUCUCUCCCUGUUAACUGUACAUGGCUCCAGAGGGAGGGUAUCAUGGACAUCUUUGCAUGUGAUCAAACCCCCUUUCACCAUCAAUCAGACAGCAUUCUUGCAAAAUGGUUAAAAGGAGCUCUUUGGGCAGUAUUAAACCUAUGAGGUCUGGACUAAAGGAAAUGCAGCCACUGGGGAUGCUGUAUGUGGUCCUGAAGUGAACUGAGCCAGGCUCGGACAAGCCCACAGGGGUACAAGUGAAUCCAUUGGUGGGUCCCUGAGCAAAGUAGGCCCCUAGUCUCCCUCCCCUUGCACAAGUGGCACAUAACACAGUAGACUUGCUGCACUACAUACAUAUAUUCAAUGCGCAGCACCUCAACCAGCCUAUGUUCAUAUAACAAACUUCAUAGAUAAUUAAAGAAACUCCCCAGUUUGCUAUUAUAGACAGGAUCAGAUAGCUGAGAUGUCUUCUAGGUACAGUGGAAAGCUGCCAGUAUCCUCUUUUCCCCAGGAUCUACCUUCUCAAAGUUGCUGCAGGGACCCCCAUAUUCAAGCAUCUGGUAGCAUCUUGCUGCUGUGUCAGCAGGUAAUAUUUGAAUGUAUCCGUACGGUGGACCCCAGGCACCCCAGUCCGACAUUGAACUCAGAAUACACUAUAAACCCUCCCAAUGUGUUGAUUGCUGCUAAAUGCGGUGUCAUCAUGGACAUAACAGAUGACAGUCACAAAUACUUGUGCUGGAUGUGAUUUAUCAGUUGCUACUUGAAAUGUGGAUAUGAUCCCUAGAGCUGAAGAUGAAGAGAACCCUAUAUCAGAAUUUACAUUUUUUAAUAGAUAGCCUAAGAGUGUUGUCUCUAUCUGAAUAAAACCUCUACUAAAGGGGGAUAUUACUGGUGUAAUAUGGGUCACUUUUCACUUCUAAUCUUUCAUAAAAUAUACUUACAUUUUCAACCUAACAUGGAAAUUCAUUUGCUGAGUUGCAAACUACUACCAUGGAAUGGACAAACUCCAGGAUUCAGUUUGCCUAUUAAUGUGCCUUAUAGGGUGGAUUGUUUGCUAAUAAUAACAGAGAUUCACGCUGCAUUAAUCAUCCUGUUCUCUUCCUAUGGCAUAAUAUAAUAAUGGGCAGCACGGUGGCUCAGUGGUUAGCACUGGUGCCUUGCAGAGCUGUGUGAGCAGGUAAUAUUUGAAUGUAUCUGUACGGUGGACCCCAGGCAUCCCAAUCCGACAUUGAACUGAGAAUACACUAGGUUCGAAUUGGACCAAGGACAACAUCUGCAUGGAGAUUGUACGUUCUCCCUGCGUUUGCGUGGGUUUCCUCCAUGUAAAGCGUGAUGAUAAUGUCUGUAAA